GCUACAUUCCUGCCGUUAUCAAGUGUUUACAAAUUGGUGAAUUGCCGAAGUACAGUGUUGUCUACUUGACGCAUAUAACCUCAAAUAUUUUUUCAGUUUAUUUAAUGAAAAUUCGUAGUGAAUAAAUAUUAUAAUCAAGCGAGUGAUGGAAAGCAUUCGGGAUACAGUUAGGAUAAAAAAAGAACCCAAUCAUACUUGGCCAGAUGCAGGCGACGGUUAUAAUUUCGAUUCGGUGGGCUGUAAUGAAACCAAAAACUUUGAUACGAUCCCGUUUUAUAAAUUACCAGCAAACCACAUGAAUGAAGCUAUGCCGUUACAGGAUCAGUUGAAUGAAAAAAUUUUAAUUGAUUUAGAGUGCAAAGAUGUUAAACCUAAACAGAAGUCUUUACUUGCCACCACUUGCAAAACUGAGCAUCAAAACUAUUACCUACCUAUUGUGAAAACAGAAAACAAAAUUCAAACUAAUUAUUUGAUUGAUAAAGAACUAAUUAUUUUGAUAAAGGAGCACUUCAAUUAUGAAAAUAAUUGUCAAUUUUCACUCAAUCUCCAAUCGAAACGUGACAAAUCCAAGGAGGUAGAAAAAUGUGAUAAAAUAACUAGAACCAAAUCAUCUCAUAAAAUUAAUUUGUGCCAGAAAACUUGUAAAACUGAAGUAAGUCUAAAAAAACGUAUUAAUACACCAGGCAAGGGUAUUCGAUUAUAUGAACGUGAGAUUUGACACAAAUCAUUUGAUAAACAGUAUAAUCUCAAAAGCCACGAAAUGAUUGUACACAUUCGUAAUAAAUCCUUUGUAUGUGAGAUUUGUCAUAAAUCAUUUGGAGAAAAAAGUAUCCUCACAAAUCACCUAA